GGCGGAAGCAGCGGCGCCGCGGCGGCCGGCGGCUGAGCGCAGGCUGCCCCUCGCUCCCUGCGCGGAUUGUCCGGUCCCGUGCGUGCGGCGCGCGGCUCACGGGAGGCUCCGGGGGUCGGAGCCGCGCCCGCCCUUUUGCUGGAGCUCGGAGCCGCUUCUGCUCACUGCGACUCGCCGCACCAGUUCGGUGCAAAGACACUGUGAUAAGAUGUCAACCCUCAGGGUUCGAGCAAAGAAAAAGGCAGCUUCAUUUGACCAGUCUUCAGAUAGUCUUCCUUUGAGGAGUUCCGGGAGGCAGGUGAAGAAAAAAGUAGCUGAAGUAGCAGCAGAUGAUGAUGAGGAUGCCUCAUCUGAGAAGAAGUACAGAAAAUGUGAAAAGGCUGGAUGUACAGCAACUUGUCCAGUUUGCUUCUCAAGUGCUGCUGAAAGGUGUGCAAAAAAUGGCUAUACAUCUCGAUGGUAUCACCUAUCCUGUGGGGAACAUUUUUGCAAUGAAUGCUUUGACCAUUACUACCGGAGUCACAAAGAUGGGUAUGAAAAAUACGCUGGUUGGAAAAGGAUAUGGACUAGUAAUGGGAAAUGUGAGCCUAGUCCCAAAGCUUUUAUGGCUGAUCAACAGCUUCCGUAUUGGGUUCAGUGCACAAAACCUGACUGUGGGAAAUGGAGACAGCUUACGAAGGAAAUUCAGCUUACACCACAAAUGGCACAGACAUAUCGCUGUGGUACCAAACCAAACGCCUCAGUUAAGACGGAGGGCUCAGACCAGUGCUCCCAACCAGAGGAUCUAAGAGUUGCUGAAGUGUCUAAUCACUGGUGGUAUUCCAUGCUUAUCCUUCCUCCCUUUCUGAAAGAUAGUGUGGCUGCGCCUUUACUAUCGGCCUAUUAUCCUGACUGUGUGGGGAUGAGCCCCUCCUGCACCAGCACCAACCGAGACCCCAGUGAAGCCAGCCCUGAGAAGAUGGAGCAGUGCAAGGCUGUUCCAGGUGUGUUUGUUCCUGGCAUGAACCAGUACUUCCAGCCUUUCUACCAGCCCAAUGAAUGUGGAAAAGCCCUCUGUGUGAGGCCAGAUGUGAUGGAACUGGAUGAGCUCUAUGAGUUCCCAGAAUAUUCACGAGACCCCACCAUGUAUUUGGCUUUGAGAAACCUCAUCCUUGCUCUGUGGUAUACUAAUUGCAAAGAAGCACUUACCCCUCAGAAAUGCACUCAUCACAUUAUCGUCCGAGGCCUUGUGCGCAUUAGAUGUGUUCAGGAAGCGGAGAGGAUACUUUAUUUUAUGACAAGAAAAGGUCUGAUCAAUACUGGGGUUUUGUCUGUCAGCCGUGACCAUCAUCUUCUCCCAAAAGACUACCACAAUAAAUCAGUUAUCAUUGUUGGGGCUGGUCCUUCAGGAUUAGCAGCUGCUAGGCAGUUGCACAACUUUGGAAUUAAGGUGAUCGUCCUAGAGGCCAAAGACAGGAUUGGUGGACGAGUCUGGGAUGACAAAUCCUUUAAAGGAGUCACAGUUGGAAGAGGAGCUCAGAUUGUCAAUGGCUGUAUAAACAACCCUAUAGCCCUAAUGUGUGAGCAACUUGGCAUUCAAAUGCACAAACUUGGAGAAAGAUGUGACUUGAUCCAGGAAAGUGGAAGAAUCACUGACCCCACUAUUGAUAAGCGCAUGGACUUCCACUUUAAUGCCAUUUUGGAUGUUGUUUCUGAGUGGAGGAAAGAUAAAACCCAGCUACAAGAUGUUCCUCUAGGAGAAAAAAUCCAGGAAAUCUACAAGGCUUUUAUUCAGGAAUCUGGCGUCCAGUUCAGUGAGCUAGAGGAGCAAGUGCUUCAGUUCCAUCUGAGUAACUUGGAAUAUGCAUGUGGCAGCAACCUGAAUCAGGUGUCUGCUCGCUCGUGGGACCACAAUGAGUUCUUUGCUCAGUUUGCUGGUGAUCACACGCUUCUGACUCCAGGGUAUUCUGUAAUAAUUGAGAAGCUGGCUGAAGGACUGGACAUUCGACUUAAAUUUCCAGUUCGGACCAUUGACUACUCUGGGGAAGAUGUCCAAGUCACUACCAUAGAUGGUACAGUUUGGGCAGCACAAAAGAUAACUGGAGUCUUCAGGACUUUUGGGGGGCUCAUUGCAUAUUUUGAUGAAAGCAUCAAAAAAAAACACCAAGCUGCUAUCAGGAAUUUAUUUAGUCUAGAAAAACAUUUCUGGUCUCUGUCCUAGGCUCAGUGCAAUGCAGAUUUAGUCCAGUUCCUUGCACAGUCUUCAAUACUUGGUGUUAUAGUUCAGUUCAUGUUAAGAAUGAUAACCCUGAAGCAUGGUAAAGCCCUCAGUUAUCCAAGAGAGAUUCAACUUGGUUGAAAUAGCAAACUUCACAUUGUCAUGGAAACUCCUAUCUCAGUGCCUUUCCAUCUGCUCCUGGAAUGCUCUUCCUCCUCAACUCUGUCUCUUAGAAUUCCCUCACUUCCUUCUGAGAUUAGGUCAGAUGCCAUCUUGUUAGAAUUCUUCUCUGAUCUCCAUAGUUGUUAUUAUUCUUGCCUUCCUGCUAGAAUUAUUAUAUGUAUACACAUCAAUGUACACAUAUUGUAGCUGAGUUAUUGGCCCUGUCUUGCCCUGCCCCUAAGUCUUGAGAACAGGGACUUUUUUCAUUUGACUUUUUGUCCCCCCAUUCCUAGGACAGUAUCUUAGCCAGUAAAUGUUUGUCCUUUUAAAUCAGAUGAGGUCUCAGAGGCCAACUAGUCCAAUCCAUAUAUAAACAAGAAUACCCGACAUUUAUCCACCCUUAUAUGAAGAUCUCUCUCCUUUGAGGGGUAGCACUAUUUCAUAAAGCAGCUUCUUUCACAUUUGUGUAGCUCUGAUUGUUAGGAAGUUUUCACUUACAGUGCUUCUAAAUUUGUUUCUCUGUAGCUUCUAGGUCCUAUAUCUACCACCACUCCCAUCCCAGCCUUUCAAAGCCAAGCAGAGUAAGUCAUGGGACAGCUUUCCUAGUAUAUGAAGAUGGUGGUCAUUUCCCCUCCAUCCCUCCGUUUACCCUGCCAUCUUCAAAUUGUCUCUUCAGGCAAAAUGUCUCCCUUUCUUCAUUCAGUUCUUUUCUGGCAUGAUCUUGGGGACCUUUAUCAAUUGCUUGGUGCUCAGAGUGGGCCAUAGUACUACAGAUGUGGUCUAACCAGGAGAAAGUAAAGCAGGACACCAUGACCUCCCUAAUCCUAGAUUCUGUACUUUCUUAAAAUGAAACCUUAGAUCAGAUCUGGGUCUUUUUUUCAGCUGAGCUUGCAGUCUGCUAAAAUCUCCAGAUAUUUUUUAGACAGACUCCUGCCUAAAUAUACCUUCUCAUCUUGUCCUUGCACAGUUGGUUUUUGGAACCCAAGUGUAAGACUUCGCACUUAUCCCUAUUAGUUUUAGUCUUAUUUGACCAGGCCUAGCAUUCCAGCCCUCCGAGAUCUUUUUGCUUCUUUAAUGUGGGCUAGCCUGUCAACAGCCCCUCCCAGCUUUGAGACAUCUACAAUUGGAUAAGUACACCAGCUGUUACGCAAUGUAAGCUCCUGGAGGUCAGGGACUGUUUUAGUUUUACCUUUUAUCCCCAACACCUAGCACAAUGUCUGCUGCGUAGUAGGUGUUUGAUAAGCAAUUAUUGAAUUGAACUAUGCCUUUAUCUAGGUUACUAAUAAAAAUGUUGCAGAGCACAGGGCCAAGCACAAAUGGAUCCCCGUGGCACUCCUUUUGAGACUUCCUUCCAAGUUAACAUUGAACCAUUAAUAAUAACUCUUAACCAGCUUUGAAUCCCGCUAACUGCAUUGCUCGUUAGGCCAUAUAUUUCUAUCCUUUUCAUAAGAAUAGCAUGAGAGACUGUCAGAUAUUUUACUUAAAUCUAGAUAAACUCUAUGAGAGAAAUGAUUAUUUCUCUCUCAUAUUAAUAGCCAAUUAUUAAAAUUUUUCCUGUCCUAUUUCCUUGUUCAAUCUUUCUAGGACGAGCUGAUGAAAGAGAGGCUUAGCAUGCUUCUUGUUCUGAGUAAUUGCUACUUCACCCAGCUAGCUCAGGCUUGGUGGGGAUAUAAAUUCUUUGAAUAGAUUACCCAGGGCUGGGAGUAACUUAGAAGUAAGUGAUAUAAUCAAGGUUUAUUAGAGUUGAUUGCCACCCUCAGGAACACCCCUCUUCCAAGGGCAUAUAGGCCAUGAUUCUGCUGCCAUGAUUGUCUUUAGCAUUCGGGAGUAUCAAUGAACUCCUUUUAUCAAAAUGCUGACAUUAUUAAUAAAAUGACUAGUUACUCCAACUAUAUCUCUUGAACUUUUUAAACAUCACAUCUAUCUCUACUAUGGGCCCUGACCUAUCGCUCAAGUAUUCUUGUCAAAAGGGAACGAGGUUAAUUUGGCAAGACUUUUCCUUGAAGCAGCUGUACUGGCUCUUUGUGAUCACUGCUUCCUAGUUCUCAAGUGUUGCCAAGAAUCUCUCAGUCUUACUGACCUAUAGUUUAAAGACUCUAUUCCCUUCCCUUCUUUUAAAACACUGGGGCAACAUUUGUCCUUCUUCCAACUUGUUUUGCCUUUUUCUUUCUCAAAGGCCUUUCAUAGGUCAGUGACUGGCUGAUGAACAAUAUCGACCAGUUCUUGAGUUGCAUUUCAUCUGGGCCUGAGGAUAUAAAUUCACUUAGGGGAGCUAAGAGUUUGCUUUCUUGUCCUCUUCCUUUUUAUUUUGGACUGCCCCUAUGAUUUUCCUGGUGUAGGGAACUCCCAGUGAAGCACUUUGUCUGUAAUUGCCCUCGCUUCUCAGUUCUGCUUAGAAUCUGUAGUUUUCAAAGACUCAGCUCAGGUAUCAUCUUCUUUCUACAUGAGGUCUUCUCUCAUCCUCUCUUCCCCAGCACAUUCUAUACCUCCCCCCCCCAAUAUUCUGUAUCUGUUUUGUACAUACUUAUAUAUGUAAUUGUUCUU